GAAGUCGCAGCUGCGCUGUUGAAGCUGGAUGCCGUUGUCCUUAGCCCGAGCCAUUUGAAUGUGAUCAAGGAGCAUGCCAGCCCGCAGCCGGCACAGGUAAGCCAGCUUGAAGAGUGCCGCAAAGAGCACCCCACAGUGCCUUUCGCACUGCCCGAGGAAUACAUGUGGCACAUCAGCCGUGUUCCGGCAUACCAGGCACGGAUAUCCUGCUGGACCUUCGUGCUGUCCUACAAGGAAACAACUGGUGCCUGCAGCGCAAUGCUCGGUGAGUUUCAGCUGAUAGAGGAGGCCAUACACCAAUCACGGGCUUUGCG